CACCUAGUUUUUUUGUUGUUGAACAUUCUGAAGAAUUGGAACAAACAGUUUUUUAUCCACGUAUUGUUAUCGAAUGAUGAUUCGAAAUAUCAACAUUUUUGUAUUUUCAACCUCAGACCUUCCCUUUGAUAUUUAAAAAAAACGCAUUCGAACAACAUACAAUUCAUUCAUUUGAAUAAAUUUUUUGUAAAUAACUCCAAAUGGCCGAAUGGAAACCAUUAUCAUUUCAAUCAUCAUGGUUUUUUAAUAGUAUUUUUGUAUUAACAGCAUUAAUAUUAACUGGAUGUUUAUUAAUCUUUUCACGAAUUAUGAUUGAAAAUCUUGCCGAUUCAAAUUUCGUUGAUGAAAAGAUUCAUAUACCAAAAAUAUUGAUUGAAUUUAUUUUCAUGUUUGAUUCGAAAAUUUUUCUUAUCGAACCGGGUCUUUUGGCUGAAUUUUCUAAUCCAAAACAAAUUGAACAAUUACGAUGGCGUUUUAAUAUGGAUAAAUUACAAUUUAAAGAAUCGGAUUAUUUUGUUACAUUUGGUUUGUUUGAUUAUAAUCAAAAUGAAUUUUAUAAAAUGUUAAAAAUGGAAAAUAUUACCUAUGAAAAAUUCGAAUGUUUAUAUCCAUUCGAUUCGAACAACAGUAACAACAACAACAACAAUGUUACCGGUCAUAUUAUUUUCCAUUUGAAUGGUUGGACAAUACAUACGGUUAUUUUCUAUCAUGUUGAACAUUUUCUUUGGAUUGGACAAUUAUCAUCGAAUCAUUCAACAAUAAUCAAUGACCAUCAACAACAACCAUUACGAUUUGGAAAAUAUGAACAAAUUUUCGAACCAUUUCGAAUACAAUUUUAUGAAAUUAUACCGAUACCAGAUGAUCAUGAAUAUUUUCUUAGUCAAUUAUCAACAUCACGUUAUUUACAUUGUUCAAUGGAAAAAAUGAAUUGGUUCAAACAACAUAAAAUCCCAUUGAAUGAAGAAAGAAUACGUGUUACAAUCGAUGCAAUCAUAACAAUGAAAUCAUUUAUGAAAGAAUUACAAAUGCAAUUUUGGAUUAUGUGUGGUACAUUAUUGGGUUGGUAUCGUCAUUGUCAUCCAAUACCAUAUACAACCGAUACUGAUCUGUCGACUUGGUCAAAAUAUUUUCAAAAUGAACAACAAGAUAUCGAAAACAUGACAGAAACAUUAAAAUAUUUAGCACCUAAACAUGGCCUUAAUCUUUUUUAUCGUUUUGGUGAACCAACAAAAACAUUAGAAUAUUCAUUUCGUACACAAUAUUAUGAUGAAAAAAUUGAUUUAUUUAUUACAUAUAUUGAUCAUAUAAAUGGUUCGUAUUUUCUACCAAGUCAUAUAACCCGUAAAAAACAAUAUCGUAAUUAUUAUUAUCCACGCUAUGAUCUUUGUUCAAUACAAUUAUUGGGACAUAAAUUAUUAGCACCAUGUCAAGCAGAAAAAGUUAUUGAAAAAGAAUAUGGUCCUGAUUGGAAUAUACCUAUUGAAGAAUGGAAUUAUGCAUCAUCACCAUUUAAUGGUGGUGAAUUGAAAAAUUUUUCCUUUCCAAUCAAUCAAUAUACAGAAUAUUCACGUUUAUAUAAACCAUAUGAAUUGAUUAGGAUUGAUUAACUUUUUAUAUUGAUGAAAAUGUUUUUUUUGAAUCAAUUAAAUUUCCGUUCUAUUUGUA